AUGGUGGACGCGCGGUUCUUUUGAAAGGGCUUCAAAGUUUAUCAUCACAUAUUAAAUAUUUGGAUCACCUUCGUAUUUUGUGAAUCAACGCCAACGGUGAUUGGAAAUCAUUUGGGGAGCCAUGGUCAUGGACACAGUGGAGACUCGAUUCGCCCAUUUGUUGCAGCCUAUCCGGGAGCUCACGAAAAACUGGGACAUUGAUGUGGCCUCGGAGUUGGCAGAUUAUCUAGAGGAGUUGGAUGAGAUGUGCAUCUCGUUCGAUGGGGGCAAAACCACUCUGAACUUUGCAGAGGCAGCGCUGCUCAUCCAAGGCUCAGCCUGCAUUUACAGCAAGAAGGUGGAGCAUUUGUACAACCUGGUGUACCAAACUCUGGACUACAUCAACGACAGAAACAAGAAAAAUAAACAAGCAUUGACUUCUGGAGAGGAUGGCACGGAUGGGGCCUCAUCCAACAAUGCUAAUGAUGACGACGGGUUUGAAUCCUUAGACCAGGAUACAACAGAUGUCUCCCUGCAGUCAGAGAUGAAGAAUGAGGCUAACACAAAUGUGGACGUGGCCCCUCUUCCCCCUGAGUCUCUGAUUCCUCCUGAGGCAUUUGAGAAACAGAAGCUGCUUCUCGUCAGUCUGAAAGGAGAGGUGCUGGGCAGCUGUAAGGACUUUAAGAUGAACACGUUCACUCCGGACGCCCUGGGUAUCAUCCGCCUCUUCUUGGCCUCCUCUCAGUCCCACUUCCUCAGGGAUGCCCUGUCUGACGCACCCCUGGUCCCCGUCACCCUGUUCGGGCACCAAGAUGACGCUGAGCUUGCAGCAGGGGAUGCCGUGGUGGGCGUUGCCGGGGAUGAUGGUGGUGAUUCCGGUGCGGAGAACUUUCUGCCCCUGGAGGACAACGGGAUGGAGAUGGACCAUGGACCUGAGGAACAUAUUGACAGACACCAGGCCCCCAGUGAAGGGAGGGUGCUGAGGGAGAGGGAAGGAGUCCAGCAGCUCUCUGAGGAGGAGCAGAAGAAACAAAGGAUGGAGGAGGAGAGGGCUCAGAUGGCUAACAUGUGGAGGUUACAUGACCUUUAUGAUACAGUCGGCGAGGACAAGCCUCUGAAAACAGGAAAAUGUUAUAAGGUUCCUCCGGGUCUGGAUGAUUCUGGGAAGCGGAAAAGGAAAGGCCCCGCUGCGCUGCAAGACUUCUGGACCUGGUACACUGGCACCUAUGACCCGCCUGAACCCAGGCUAAAGAAUGGACCCACGUAUACAGACUUGAACUACAUCUAUAUGAGUAAAAUGAAAGACAAGCUGAAGACCCGGAAAAGGAUUCUUAGAAAAACGGGUGUGUUUGUGUCUGACGAGGAGCUGAGAAGGACGUACCUGCUGCUGGACGAGAGAGUAGAGAGGGAGGAGGAGUUAGAGGGCCUCAGACACCACGACCCCCUAGGCCUGCACGAUGACCUCUCUGACAACGAACAUGACCCUUUGACUGAUGAAGCCCCGGCUGACUUCCUGAAUGGACAGGCUUUCAUACCUGGGGCAGACAUGGACGGGCUGAGUUACGAAGACCUGGUGAAGAAGAGUGUGGAGCAGUUCCUGGUGAACUCCCAGGGUUAUGCCCAGGAGACGGCGCUGUCGAAAAGAGUGAAGGAAUGGGAGGACAAAAUACGACCGGAGCUCACCUAUCAGGAGGAGCGUGCUACCUUUGACAUCCAUGACUAUGGGGACAGGAUCGUAGCCGCGUUGUGCAGUGUGGGCCAGAGGAGGACCUUCGCCUCUAUAGUCCACGGCAUGGACAACUUCGAGGCCUGCAAGUACAUGCUGGCUUCCCUUCAACUGGCCAACGACUACACAGUGGAGGUCGACAGGAGUGAGGGUCUCGAGGAGAGCAUCGACACCAUGGGACUCACUCUGCUCAGCAAACACCGGGCCAACCAACGAUUCAAGAAAGCCCCUGCAGCAACCUCCGACCCUAUAUGACCCAUUCAUCUCCUGAACCUGAUCCAGUGUGUGUGUGAGCUCUUGCCACCUACAGACUCAGUGGGGACUAGAGACCCAUUACUCUGAAAUGUGGUACACACUCCUGUGUGUGUGGCGCCACUUGUGCCUACCGGACCACUAGUACUAACCUGCUCUAUCAACAGGACCUGGCUGCAACCAUUAACUCGCUCAUGUGCUCUUAUUCCUCUAUUGUUUUGAUCUUUGGUGUCUGUCAUAUGUCUGUGUAUUCCUCUGGUUAUGUCAAGAGAAAGAAGCUAUUUUUUUCUCAUUCACCUGCAUCUACACAAUAUAUUUACCAGAUGUUGCACUCGGGGUAUGUUGUGGUGUGUCGGUAGUGUUGACUGACCCUAAAAAUAUCACCCUUUUCACAAUGUUUGCCUUUGUAUCCAUGACAAUUGUAUACGUAGCUUUUUAUUUGCAUGUUUGUCCAAGUGGUGUAGAACUCAUACAUUUUCUAUCAGAUGAGAGGACUUUUAAGAAAAACUUUAAUUUUUCUACUUUCAUUUAAGAGAAUAACCUAAAUUGGGAAAUUAUGUUUCAUUGGUUUGUAAGGAAAAAUGAUUUUUUUUACAAUGGCCAAAAAUGUGUAUAAAAUAAAACAUGAGCAUGUGGAUUUUACUAAAAUUGUGUAGACACUUUCAAUAUUGCAACACCUACUAGUGAUUGUAGUGCCCUUGACAAAAGACUAGUAUAAAGACAAUUU